AUGACAGCACCAAAGAAAGAUCAGGAGCGCACGGUACCCCCUCUCCAGCUAUCCGUCUUUGACGUGCGUAGAGGGAGGACUGAGGGGCAGGAAGCGGACAGGGUCCUUGGCUUUUAUCCAGCCAGCGUGGACACAGAUGAGCAGGCCUCAGUUGUCGGCCUGGUGCAGGCUAUGAGCGCCUUCUCCUCAAUCUUUGACCAGGAGAGGCCAUGCGAGAGCAUGCAUGCAGAGCGCAGCGUAUGGAUCACCCACGAGUGCGAGCCCAGCCUGUGGAUGCUGCUGAUAGCGCAGAGAGCCUGGUUCUCCGGGCCGGUUCGAGAUAAGUCAUUGCGAGAGGUCCUCAAACAGCUGUACGCAGUGUGCACGCUUUUGCACGGCCCUCUGCAGUGCCUCCUGGAUCAGGAUUCGAGUGGGGAGAUGGCUCGAGGGGUGCUGGGGGGACUGCUGGAGCAGUGGGGGGAUCGCCUUGGCAGCAGAGGGACCCUCUACCAGGCGCUGCACAAUCCCCUCAGCGGCAGGGAGGGCGUGCCCUGGCUGCCGCUCUCCCGACCCCUCUUCACAGGAGUGCAGGCGCUGGUGAGCCGGCUGCUGGUGGCACAGGUGGGCGGGGCGGUGCCGGUGCAGGGGGCGGUGCUGAUGCACGAGCAGUGGUGCCUCUGGAGCAGCCUGGACCGCGCCGACACAGCUGCGCUCGUCCGCCUGGCGUCCCUGGCCCUGCUGCCGGCCGCGCACGCCGCCGAACAGCCGUCCCUGGGCAGCCGCAUCACCUCCACCCUGCGGUGGCAGGAGGCUGAUGGGGCAGAGCGGCAUGUGCUGGACCGCAAAGCAUGGCGCCUGGUGCCACCCGGCUUCCUGCUGCAGUCCGCGGCUGGGACAGAGAUUGGCGCUUCUGCAGAUCUCCCACAGAUAUGGCUGCAGGAGAGCGGGGAGCGGUGUGGGCUGCUGGGGUUGCGGGCUGGCGGCUGCUUGCUGCUAAUUUUGCUGGCCGAGCGCGUGGCGGCUGCCCCGGAGCUGCUUGCAGAGCUGGCGCACGCGGCGCUGCCGGCCCUGCAUGGCAUUGCGCAGGGCACAGCCGCUGAGCUGGCCGCCGCCAACCAAUGGCACAUCCCCAGCAUUAGGUAUGUGUACGUGGAUGACAUGCUGCUGGCUGUCAGAGCAUCGCCCGCCAGCAAGGCAGCCACGUUGUCAAGGGAAUCGCAAUUUCUGGUGCAUGCUGUGCGAGCGGAUCUGGACGAGGCUGCACUCAGAGGGGACAGAGAGGUGAUAGUAAGAGGAGCGCAUGACUGCUGGGUGGUGGCAAAGAGGGUAGCGUGCCGGAAAAUAGCAAUUGUGCUGGAAGGCCGUGGCCAAGAGAAUCUAACAGAUGCUGCAAAAUCCGCCGACAAGUAUUUCAAAUCCCACUUUGAGGGCUUGCUAGAGUAG